GUUAAAAUAUAAAAAAUUGAAAAUAGAAAAAAGAAAAAGAAAACUGAAAGGAGAACGAAAGGUCUCCUUCUUCAAACACCCACCGCCGAAUCUCAUCCACAACAGUGCCGCCAUCUCUCACCAGUUGAUUCUUUUGGUUCUAGUGCGUCUUUCCCCCUUCCCGCAUCGUAACUGCUCAGUCUAACCCUGUUCGUCGCGCCGCUUUCGAGUCCGUUGGCAUCACCGUCCUUUCUUCCAACAACGACUUUUGUUGAAAUUGAAGUCACUUUUAACUAAGAACAAGCUUUUGGUUUAAGUUGAUGCUGGAAUCAAGUUGAAAGAUCUCCAGGUAACAGAAAACCAAACAUGAUGAAGAAGGAUUGGGUGGAGUUGCCUCCACACAGUCAAGGUUACAAGGAUGGUGUCAAUUACUUUUUGGAUAUUGCAUUCACCAAAGGAAAGGUUGAAGAAGAUGAGAUUUUGUGUCCUUGUGCAGCGUGAAAAGGAAAAAAGAGAGCCCACUCAAUCAGAAAUGUUUGUUGAAACUCGAAAAGGAAAUAAAGGAAAGGAACUGGAUGUAGAAACUGGAAAAGUAAUUGCCCAACUUCAAGAAAUGGUUGAAAAGGAGGAAAGUGAUACAGAAGCUUUUAAGGCUGUUUUUGGAAAGGAGUGUCCCGGCAGGGUACGCUGUUAUGGGAGAAAUGUAACUAAAAGUUCCUUAAAGCGAAAGGCGGAGAUUAAUGCUUUGAAACAAGCACACAGUGAAGAGGUCUCUACAUUAAGGAACGAGUUUCAAGAUCAGAUUGAUAGAUUGCAAAAUGCUUUUAAGACCGUAAUACAACAAUGCAAUCCUCAAAUUAAUAUGGAGUCAAUUCAAGAUUUGUUAGGAUUAUCUCAUGGAGAUGCUAACAGUUCCCCAAAGGAUAUGAGACAACAAUUGCAUUCCUCUACGUCAACUCAUGCUCCAUGUCAUGGAAAGCAUGGUAUCAAUGAAGAUGUUGAAAAGGAUGAUAUAAAUGAUGAAAUUCAAGAGGACGACGUAAAUGAUGGAUUUCAAGAGGAAGUCGUAGGUGACGAAUUUCAAGAGGAUGACAUAAAUCUUGAUGAUGAAUUUCAAGAGGACGAUAUAGAUGGUGAAUUUCAAGAGGACGAUGUAGAUGACGAAUUUUUGGAGGACGACAUAUUUCAUGAAUUUCAAGAGGACGAUUUGGAUGAUGAACUCCAAGAAGACUAACUUGGAUGACUUGGAUGAUGUCUUUUUUUUGUCUUGGAGUGGAAAGCAUUAAACUUGAACUAUGUUUUUUGUUCUUUUGUUGAACUAUGUUUUUUGUUAGUUUACUAGGGUCAUACUUCAAAUUAAGGUAUUAUAAGUAAUGUUACGUUAGGCAUUUUGUUUACUAGAUACUAUCUUGAAUUA